AUGCAAUUCCAUGCUGCGGAAAAUUUUGGACAUGUGGAGCUGAAACCAAAUGGAACACUAAUAUUGAGACAUACGCCGGAGCUGAAAGGCAGCAAUAGGCAGAAUUUGUUGUUGUUGCGCAGCGUUUUGAACGCCCUGCGUUGGGCGCCAUUGCUAAUGCCCGGCCAGCCCAAGCUGGACAUCAAAAUCUAUGGCGAUGGUGUGGAGCACAAAUUUCCACCCGUAUUGGAGAAUAUUCUGCAACGCAUACAAACCUAUUUCUCCAUCUAUCGCUACACAGACACCAGUCGCCCCAAGGACGAAGCGGUACAGCCGCAGAGCCUGGAGGACACCACCACCGUAAAAGUGAACGAUGUAGGCGAGAAUAAAAAAAAUGCUGCAGGUGGUGAGAAAUAA